CUUAAGAUUGUUUAAUUCAAACAAGGGAAGGAAAGGUAGAAAAAAGGCUAUGUGGGUAAUAGUAAAGGCUCCUCGACAACAAGAUGCCAAACAAUGUGGUUACUAUGUGAUGCGAUUUAUGAGACAAAUUGUUGAAGAAGUUGAAAUUAUCGAAAGAGAUUCACUACCAUCUAUAUUCACACAAGCAGAGUAUUCUCGAGAAGAAAUUGAUGAGGUGCGAUCGGAGUUGGCAGAAUGUAUACAAGAUCAUAUUUAUGAGUGGAUACAGGACAGUCGAGAUCAGUACACUAAGGAGCGUCUGGAUUCAGUAAUUGAUCAGUACACUAAGCGUAUGGAUUCAGUAACUACUGUACUAUUUUGAGUAAACAGAUUGUUGGCUACUUCAAUAUUCAGUAUUCAGUAUUCAGUAAACAGA